CCUUAUAACACUUUCUGACACUCUGAAGUCUGAAGAUUUCAAUUUUCAAUAUUUUGAUUAUUUUGGAGAAAAAUUAAAAAAUAAUUAUGACUCUAUAAUUUGAAAACCAGAGCAAAUCAUACAAAAUAUACAGGUGAUUGAGGUGAUCGAUAAUAGAAUAAUAUUUUGUUGGUUAUCUAUGAGUGUGACUCCUUGAAACAACAAAAAAUGACUUCAGAUGAAGAAAAAUUCACCAUGGAAAAAAGUAGCUGUAAUGAAUCAGUUCAAGUGGUAGUUCGCUGUAGGCCCCUCAAUGAAAAAGAGAAUGAUUCAAAUUGCACUAGUGUUGUGAAGAUUUAUCCUAGUAGAGGAGUCAUUGAAGUUGAGAACCCUAAUGCACGAAGUGAAAACGAGAAGAAUAAAAUAUUCACCUAUGAUUCUGUGUAUGACGAGAGAUCCACUCAACAAAACCUAUAUGAUGAAACAGUUAGACCCCUGGUUGCCUCAGUGCUUGAAGGAUACAAUGGUUGUGUGUUUGCUUAUGGACAGACUGGAACAGGAAAAACAUUUACUAUGGAAGGAGCUGAUGGAGAUGAGAAAGGUAUCAUACCAAGAGCAUUUGAACAAAUUUGGGCACACAUAGACAGAAAAACAGGUGUGGAGUUUUUAGUUAGUGUGAGAUAUCUGGAAAUUUAUAUGGAGGAGAUAAGAGACCUGUUGCGCUCGAAAUCGACCAAGCCGCACGAGCUGCGCGAAACCAACGGCCAAGGCGUCACCGUCACCAACCUGCACUCGCAGACCUGCCAGAGCGCCAAGGACAUGUGCAGGGCGAUGCGCGCCGGCAACGCUAUACGCACCACCGGCCGCACGAACAUGAACGAGCACAGCUCGCGCUCGCACGCCAUCUUCCAGAUCGUGAUCGAGAUGGCCGAGGAGCGCUCCAAGUCGGUCAAGAUCGGCAAGCUGAGCCUGGUCGAUCUGGCCGGCAGCGAACGUCAGUCGAAGACCGGCGCUACGGGGGACAGGUUCAAGGAGGCUACGAAGAUCAACAAGUCGCUUUCUUCUUUGGGCAAUGUCAUCUAUGCUUUGGCAGAAAAUUCUUCUCACAUUCCUUAUCGGGACUCGAAACUGACGAGACUCCUUCAAGAUUCGUUGGGAGGAAACAGCAAAACAAUCAUGAUUGCCAACGUAGGACCUGCUAGUAUGAAUUAUGAAGAAACAAUAGUAACUCUCAGAUAUGCUUAUAGAGCCAAGUCGAUCAAGAAUAAUCCUGUAAAGAACGAAGACAUGAAAGACGGUAAGCUUCUGGGUCUCCAGCAAGAGAUCGAACGUCUCAAACAGCUCAUCAUGGAGAAAAGUAACGGAGAUUUCAAUGCGAGUUUCAACGAAACUGAUGACAAUGAUAUCGAGAGCGACGAAGAGGGCAGUAAAGAAGAGAAAGAAAAGAAAUUGGAGUUAGGAAAGAUGGAGGUCGAUGAACUGGCGAAAAAAUUGAAGGCUUUGGAAAAACAGAUGGUCCACGGUGGAAAAAAUAUCGUAGAUAGCGUGAACGAGAACGAAAUGAGACUUGAACAACAAAGAGGAGAAAUUGCAGCAAGAAAGAAACGUGAAGUAGAGAUGCAACAAAAACUGGAAUUGGAGGAAGAGACCUGCAUUGAAUUGAAGCAGGUCUUCGCAAGUCUGCAGCAACAAGUCGAUUUUAAAAGAGAUAAACUGAAACGUCUCAACAGCAAGUUGCAAUCCAUUAGGCAAGAAAUAAGGGAUAAUCACGAAGUAUACGUCAAAGACCGACAAGAAAUUGAAGAAGCGAAUGAUGAAGCUGCCAUGCAUUUAAGAAAGUGGUUUCUCAUAAUCGACAACUUUGUACCAUCAGAGGAGAGAACCAGAUUGAUCAACUUGGCCCAGUUUGAUGACAACAUCGAUAACUGGGUGUUGAGAAAAGAAAAAAUUAGGAUCAACCCUGCAGACAGACCUUUCGCUCACAAUUAUAGGAGACCGAUAUCAGAUGCAGCCUUGCAAAUGAGUCAUGCAUCUCCUAAAUACAGAGGUGAAAACGUUCUAGACUUGAAACUAGACAUGCCACUUCGUACCACUCAAGAUUACACGCCACCUGCAAUAUGUCCUCAGAUAAAAUCUAUUGUGACGGAUGUGAUUAAAAAUGAACUGGAACACGGUCACAUUGUGAUAAAAAUGCCCAGCCAUUCCAUGGGCAGGAAUGUCUCUUCCAAAGUGGAACAAGAGGGAAAGUACAAGCAAGCUACAAAAGCAAUGGUGGAUAUGCAUAAUUUCAGGAACAGGGGUGCUAGUUCUGCCAAAGCUGGUUUCCAAUGAUU